AUGUCCUUUCAGCCACCUCGUUAUGGAGUUUAUACACCAGUCGUGACAUUCUUCAACGACGACGAAUCGAUUGACCUUGACUCGAUUGCUCAGCAUGUCAGGAGACUUCUCACUAGUGGCGUAUCUGGUCUUGUGAUACACGGUAGCAACGGCGAGGCAACACACCUUUCUCACGAAGAGCGGUUCGAAGUCAUCCGUCAAGUGCAGGUUACUGCGAAGCAAGUCAAUGUUAAACCUGUGAUCAUCGCUGGUUGCAGUGCCAACAGUGUGAGAGAGACAUUACAGUUCAUUGCGGAGGCUCACAAGGCCGGUGCCGACUAUGCUCUCGUCCUGCCUCCGAACUACUGGAGUGCAGCAAUGAGUAAGCCAGUGAUCAAAUCUUUCUACGUUGAGGUUGCUGAGAAAUCGCCGCUUCCAAUCAUUAUUUACAACUUUCCUGGUGUCACUGCAAAUAUAGAUCUUGACUCGGACCUUAUCAUUGAUCUGGCUCGACAAUGCCCCAAUAUCGUCGGCGCCAAACUCACCUGUGGCAAUCUUGGUAAACUUCAACGACUCUCGGCCACUCUGUCAGCUUCGGGUUUCUCACCUUUCGCUGGGAAGGCCGACUUUUUGCUUCCAGGACUCGUGGUGGGGUCCAGAGGUGUCAUUUCCGCUCUUGCCAACCUAGUCCCGAAAGUUCAUGUGGAGGUUAUCCGAUUAUACAACGGCGGCGAGAUCCAGAAAGCGCAGAGAAUUCAAGCCCUCCUAUCUUUGGCAGACUGGCAACUUUUGAAAAUGGGCGUCUCGGGUGUGAAGGCAGCAAACGUGAAGUGGUUCGGCUAUGGGAGCCCUUCCGCGCGGAAGCCUCUCCCUAGUGUUGAAAUUGCGACUAUGCACGCAGAUAUUUCAAGUGCACUGCAAGCCGUCAUUGAUCUAGAGGUGCAACUUCCGUCUACAAAACUGUGA